AUGAAGACCAGUCACCAGCAGAAAAUGCUUUUAUAUGAAUUCAAGAGGGAGAUUCUAACUGACUCAGGUGUAGACACUUUGGCAGUGUUUAUGGCCAGCAGCGGAACCACAGACAUCACGAAUCGGAACAGUCCAGCCACACCACCAAAUACCCUUAAUCUCCGUUCCUCCCACAAUGAACUGUUGAAUGCUGAAAUAAAACACACGGAAACCAAGAACAGCACACCCCCCAAAUGCAGGAAAAAAUAUGCACUAACUAACAUCCAGGUGGCAAUGGGCCUCUCCGACCCAGCUGCACAGCCUCUGCUGGGAAACGGUUCUGCCAACAUCAAGCUGGUGAAAAAUGGUGAGAACCAGCUCCGGAAGGCUGCAGAACAAGGGCAGCAGGACCCCAACAAAAAUGUCAGCCCCACUGCAGUCAUCAACAUAACUUCUGAGAAGUUAGAGGGCAAAGAGCCCCACCCACGCGAUUCCUCAGGCUGUGAAAUUUUACCCUCCCAACCCAGGAGAACCAAGAGCUUCCUAAAUUACUAUGCAGACCUGGAAACCUCAACCAGAGAAUUAGAGCAGAACUUAGGCAACGAGCACGGGGGUGUGGAAGAGAAGCCCCAGCCGGGCCAGGACCAGGCCUCCACCGUCAUCGGGAAUGGUGAAGCACUCCCACAGAAACCAAACAAAGCCCAGUUCAGCCCCGAAGACGGUCAAGUGGCCACCGUGUCAUCCAGCCCAGAGACCAAGAAAGAUCAUCCCAAAACGGGGGCCAAAACCGACUGCGCCCUGCACCGGAUCCAGAACCUGGCACCGAGCGAUGAGGAGUCCAGCUGGACGACACUGUCCCAAGACAGUGCCUCACCCAGUUCCCCGGAUGAAACAGCAGAUAUAUGGAGUGAUCACUCCUUUCAGACCGAUCCGGAUUUGCCGCCAGGCUGGAAGAGAAUCAUUGACGUCGCUGGGACCUAUUAUUGGCACAUACCAACAGGGACCACUCAGUGGGAGCGCCCUGUCUCCACCCCCGCAGAUCUCCAUGGUUCUAGAAAAGGGUCACUUAGUUCUGUAACGCCAUCUCCUACCCCAGAGCACGAGAAACAGCCAUGGAGUGAUUUUGCUGUUCUGAAUGGGGGAAAGAUUAAUAGUGACAUUUGGAAGGAUUUGCAUGCAGCUACAGUUAACCCGGACCCCAGUUUAAAAGAGUUUGAAGGAGCGACACUCCGCUAUGCAUCUUUGAAACUCAGAAAUGCCCCCCAUGCUGAUGACGACGAUUCCUGCAGUAUCAAUAGUGACCCAGAAGCCAAGUGUUUUGCUGUGCGUUCCCUGGGAUGGGUGGAAAUGGCAGAGGAGGACCUCGCCCCUGGUAAAAGCAGCGUUGCCGUCAACAACUGCAUCAGGCAGCUUUCUUACUGCAAAAAUGACAUCCGGGAUACGGUCGGCAUCUGGGGAGAGGGGAAAGACAUGUACCUGAUCCUGGAGAACGACACACUCAGCCUGGUGGACCCCAUGGACCGCACCGUGCUCCACUCCCAGCCCAUCGCGAGCAUCCGUGUGUGGGGUGUGGGCCGCGACAACGGCCGAGAUUUUGCUUACGUAGCAAGAGACAAAGAUACGCGAAUUUUGAAAUGUCAUGUAUUUCGAUGUGACACACCAGCAAAAGCCAUCGCCACAAGUCUCCACGAAAUCUGUUCCAAGAUUAUGGCCGAACGGAAGAAUGCCAAAGCCCUGGCCUGCAGUUCCUUACAGGAAAGAACCAAUGUGAAUCUCGACGUUCCCUUGCAAGUAGAUUUUCCAACACCAAAGACUGAGCUGGUCCAGAAGUUCCACGUGCAGUACUUGGGCAUGUUACCCGUAGACAAACCCGUCGGAAUGGAUACCCUGAACAAUGCCAUAGAAAGUCUUAUGACCUCAUCUAACAAGGAGGAUUGGCCGUCAGUGAACAUGAAUGUGGCCGAUGCUACUGUGACUGUCAUCAGUGAAAAGAAUGAAGAGGAAAUCUUAGUGGAGUGCCGUGUGCGAUUCCUGUCCUUCAUGGGCGUCGGGAAGGAUGUUCAUACAUUUGCCUUCAUCAUGGACACCGGGAACCAGCGUUUCGAGUGCCACGUUUUCUGGUGCGAGCCUAAUGCGGGUAACGUGUCUGAGGCGGUACAGGCCGCCUGCAUGUUACGAUACCAGAAGUGCUUGGUAGCCAGGCCGCCUUCACAGAAAGUUCGACCACCUCCUCCGCCAGCAGACUCAGUGACCAGAAGAGUCACAACCAAUGUAAAACGAGGGGUCUUAUCCCUCAUUGACACUUUGAAACAGAAACGCCCUGUCACAGAAACGCCAUAG